AGAAAUUGCCUUUCCAUUACACUCAAGGAAGCGGUGGCCUCCCUACCUAGGUACUAUAGAAGUUGUGCGGUAUUCUCGUGCCCUUCCAAUUGAAAAGGGCCGGGGUCGUUCCUGAGUGCCUAUCGAAUAAUUGCCCCGCCUGGGCCACACAAGAUGGAAGACGCUGGAGAGCUUGGGAGUGCUAGCCGCGUGUACGAGGCCCAGUUGGAACGCGCUACUCAGGAGCUCAACAACAGGAAAAAGGAGCUGGAGGAUGAAUUGAAUCAGCUAAGGGCGUCUGCGGCCGGGCCUGGUGCGGAAUUUUCAGCAGGAGACUCCUUGGAAAUCAUGACAAAGGCAUACCAGGACAUGACUGAGGCAGAACCGCUCCUGCCGCCGCUGGGAUCUCCCCUUCCAGCUCUACUGGUCAUGCGACGGGCGCAUCAGACCAUUGCAGAGACCAACGAAUACAUGGAUUCUCAAGGCGCUUCACUAGAGCAGCUCCAACGGAGGAUAGAGGCAGAACAGGCCAACUUGCGUGAACAGCAAGCCCUCCGGACUGCGCUUGAAGGCCGCAUCCAGUCGUUACGCCAAGGCCUGGAGAGUAGAGAGGAGAAGACGGAAGAGCAAGUCACCAAAGAACGCGUCGCCGAGCUGAAAAAACAAAAGGAUCACUGGGACAAGCAGACAUCGAGUCUUAUGAAACAGCUGGACUGGUUCAUUGGCGAACACCUCGGCCCCAUGUUGGCAGCAGAGGAGUUGGGCGGCCCCGUCGUCGGGGGGUUGAUGGACAUCGAUCCGGAUGACCUAAGCGCUGGGUUUAGUGCUCAUGGCAAAUUGAAGAAGGCCAAAGACCAGCCGGACCAAGACAAGCGGCAGCGACGGAUCGACGACAUCUGGGGCCCUCAGGACGAGCAGGGGCAGGCAAGGAGGAGGCGGGAGGGGGAUGAAGCAGCAGCGGCAGGCGCAGAGAUGCGUGAUCUUACCGAGCAACUAAUGAAUAAGCUCAUGGAAGCGGACGGCGACACCUCUGCGGCGUACGUGGAGAUAGCGAGGGAAUCCGCGGCAGCGAGGUUCCUUGUCCGUUCCAAGGUCGCAGUGUUCCAUCCUCGGGAUGCGCGGAAGUUGCGGCUUAUCGACUUUGGAAGGGAUCUGGAGGACUAGAGCCUUCGGGGGGCUGAAAGCGUGGGAACGGCUACGUAACAGCAAUAUUUUGUUCCGGCAUGUUGCGGACAAUCAAACGGCAUCUGGCGAUCCCCCUAACAUGGGGAAGCUUGUCUUAUGGCGGGAAUGUUGACUCGUCGACGUCUGUUCUUCUCCGCCGUCGGGGGUCUACAUUCAUUAUUGUGGAUGAUAAUAGCCAAGUGAAGGAAGUGUUUUUGCACAAACGGAACAAGGGGCUCGACGGCAUCUCAAGCAAAGUCUUUGGGUUUGACUCGCCCGCGCGAGAACGCUGGAUCACUGUUUGAGUGGUCAGGGGCAGGAAGUAUCAGCAAUUGGCCAAUUAUGGUGUUGAUCUGGACCCGCUCGCGUGCUCCACACAAGCAACUGACUCGCCAAGCCAAGCAGGUGGGUCAACAUGC